GACCAAAACAGCCCAAGUCGGACCAUUUCUUUGAUUCUCUCUCUAAUCAAAAACAGGGUUUAGUGCUUCUCUUCUCCAACUCCUCUCUCUCUUUUCCUCUCUAUCUUCCUCUCCUUGUAUCCUUUUCCAGUCACUCACAAGCUUAAUAGAAUCUGUAGUAUAUCCACUAGAUUACCAGUGUUGUGAGGAUGACUGUGUCUGGACUAACUGGUAGUCCCUCAAGGUGCAGUUUCCGGGUUCCUCUUAAUGGGCCUGGGUCAUCUUGCAGGCGAGUUUCGGGUUUUUCCUUUGCUAGAGAAUCUAAAGUUAAGAUAAACUUUCCAUGUUUAGACAGAUGUUCUUGGGUUGGUUCUGCAAAAGGAUACAUUGGAAAGCAAACUCACUUAGUUAAGUGUGCAAUGGAUGCUUCUUAUGGUGGUGAAAUGACAAAUGAUCAACCUGUUAUUUUUCCUAGAAUUCAUGUAAGGGACCCAUACAAACGGCUUGGGAUCAGCAGGGAUGCCAAUGAAGAUGAAAUUCAAGGUGCAAGGAACUUUCUUAUAAAAAAAUAUGCUGGGCACAAACCCAGUGUGGAUGCAAUUGAAUCUGCACACGACAAAAUAAUCAUGCAGAAGUUUUAUGAAAGGAAGAACCCAAAAAUUGACAUUGGGAAAAAGGUUAGGGAAGUAAAGCAGUCCCGUGUUGUGCAGGCUGUCACAAGCAGGUUUCAAACUCCAUCUACACUAGUCAUCGCUAAAACAUCAAUUGCAUUUCUAGUACUUGGAGUUCUCACUGUUCUCUUUCCAACUGAAGAAGGUCCAACCCUACAGGUAGCCAUUUCCUUAAUGGCUACAAUAUAUUUUAUAUACGACCGGCUGAAGAGUAAACUUCGAGCUUUCCUUUAUGGUGCUGGAGCUUUUAUUUUUUCAUGGCUGUUCGGAACUUUCUUGAUGGUAUCUGUGAUUCCACCAUUGCCAUUUAUAAAAGGACUGAGGAGUUUUGAAGUUACUACUUCAUUGAUAACUUAUAUCCUACUCUGGGUUUCAUCUGCUUAUUUGAAGUAGUGCCAGUUUUCUCUUACUGCAAGAUUCUAUUGCAAGACCUCAAUUUUGAAGCGGGUGGUCAUGGUUCAUAAAUCUCACCUUUUUCAUUUUAGACCAUGUCCUUUUCUAACUGUAGCGUCGGCACCUACAGCGUGUUAAUAUUCUUGCUCAUUAGCCUCCCAUUUGGGAAAAAGGUUUGUGGAAAUGACUGUUCUGUUGUUUGGAGAGAAAGGAUGUAAAACUAGAUGAAAAUUAAAAGGAUCAUCUCACAUUUAUUUCAUUUUUUGGUAACAUUCCUGUUUUUUUUCUUUUUCUUUUUCCUUUUGUUUCUUUGAUUAUAGUUUAAAUUUGAAACAUGUUCAUCCUGCCGUCAUCUUUAAUCGCUUAUAAGAUUUGAUCAA